ACAGUGUAUAAUGUAUAUUUUAAUAUAAUAUUGAGUUUAAUACGCGUUUUCGGAUAGUUGUGUUAUUCAUUUUAUACCUACCUGUAUUCAAUAUUAGAGUAUUGACUAUUGAUAUAUAAUAAUUGUUAUUUUUAAUUUCACUAUUUCAAUAAUAUCAAUAUUACUGUACCCGCGACGCCGUUGAUCUUGACAGAGUCGUAGGAUCGCACCCGCACACUUCACGCGGGCACAGCAUUUGUUUCAUAGUUCAUAGUGUUGUGAUUCGUGGUCGCGUGGUCACUUGUUAGUUACUCAGACACUCCGUUCACACUUUUACACUUUCACAGUUCAACAGUUCAAGUCGCCGCUGUAUACUCUUGUGUAGCACCGCCGUCCGCCGAAUCCGCCAUCGACGGCACGCUGAGAAUUGCUGCUCCUACGUCCUACCUCCUACGCCGACACAGCUGCCGCGGCGUACCACAUACCGCCCGGAACGCGACUAGGUAAAGUUAGUAAAAGAAAUGGUUACCGUUCAGGCUUCAUCUUGUCAAAAUAAUCUAAAGCAAGUUCUGAAAUCAAAUGAAUGUGAACCAGCUAAUUUUAGAAAUGACUCUCACUCUGUAAGAAUACUAGAAGAUUUGCAUUCUCUAUGCAAAUUUAUGUGAUAUUAGAUUUGAAGGUGAUAAUGGUAAAAUCGUAAUUUGACAUAAAAUUGUUUUAAUAGCAGCUAGUCCAUAUUUCCGAGCAAUGUUUAGUAAUUUUGAUGAGAGCAAUAAAGAUCUUGUUAUUAUGAGAGAAUUAGAUUCCACUAUUUUACAACAAUUAGUUGAUUAUAUUUAUACUGGAGAAAUUAUGGUCACAAAAGAAAAUGUAAAGGUAGAUUAUGUAAAUAGUGUAUGUGCUAAGUUUUUACAAAGACAACUGGAUCCAUCAAAUUGUAUUGGUAUCAGAGCAUUUGCUGACCUACAUAACUGUAUGGAGUUCUGAAGCAUAUAUUAAACAACAUUUUUUAGAAGUAGCUAAAGGCGAAGAUUUUCUAUCCUUAUCUUCAGAAGAUUUGGUGAAGCUUAUUUCCUCUAAUGACCUUGCUGUUCCAUUUGAAGAAAAGGUAUUUGAAUGUGUUAUCAAAUGGGUGAAACAUGAUUCAGAUCAUAGAAUAGAUUUUUUGCCAAAAUUAAUGGAACAUGUGCGUUUGCCAUUAUUAAAGCCUGAUAUAUUAUUUAAUAUAUAUGAAGAGCCUCUUCUAAACAGUAGUCUUAAAUGUAACAAUUAUUUAGUUGAAGCCUUGCGUUUUAACCAUCAAAAUUCUGUUCAGCAUUUCACCAUUCCAAAAAUGAUAAGGUUUAAACCCAGACAGUUUGAUGGUUUUCGAAAAGUUAUUCUAAUGUUCAACCAGUCUGAUAUAUCGCCAAUGUGUUAUACAGAAUGGUAUGACUCUGAAACCAAACUACGAGAGAAUGCACCAGGGAUAAAUGAUUGUCGCCGGACAGCUGGUCUUGGUGUUAUAAGAGACCAAUUUGUCUUUGCUGUAGGAGGUGUAAAUGAAUCAAGUUCAAAAUCUGUUAAUAUGCUUGAUGUAUCCUCACAAUCGCCCUCUUGGGUGUCAAUGGUAGACAUGUUAGUUAGUAGGAGGCGAUUGGGAGUUGGUGUAUUGGAUGAUUGUAUAUAUGCAGUUGGUGGAUGUGGUGGCAACAGUGCUUUAAAUAGUGUAGAGGUUUUUGAUGUCGGUAUUCAAAAAUGGAAAUUGGUAGCUAGUAUGUUUACUGAAAUAUGUGAUUUGGGUGUUGGUGUACUCAAUAAUUUAUUAUACGCAGUUGGAGGUUCAGAUGAUUUAACCUGUUUGAGUUCUGUGGAAUGUUAUGAUCCCACACUUAACACAUGGACACCAGUUGCAAAAAUGUCUAAACCCGUCUGGGUGUUGGUAUAGGAGUUUUGGGCGGUCUUAUGUAUGCUAUUGGUGGAGAUUAUCAUAAAAGUGUUGAGGUUUAUAGACCAAGUGAUGGAGUUAUACCUGAUAUGCAUUUCCCCCGAUACAGGCCUGGAGUAGCUGUAUUAGAUGGUUUAUUGUAUGUUUUUGGUGGGGUAAGUGGCCAAUAUAUUGUUGAUACUGUAGAAAUUUACAACCCCAACACUAAUACUUGGACCUUGGAGGAAUUGUUAAGAAAUAAAGUACGAAUUUAUGGUGGAGUAGUCAUUGAUAGACCACAUAUUUAUCAUUAAUCAGCUUACAGAAGUACUUAUUGUUAAUAGUAAUAUAAACAUAUUUUUGUAAAAAUUAUAUUGACACGUGUAUUGUUUUAUAUAUUUUUGAUUUUUUGA